CUUGCAACGCGACAAGCUCAUAGCAUGUGUGAGGUCGACGCGAGAGAGACGUGAGACGGGCCGUCAAUACUUUAUCUAUGGGACUGUGUAUAUGUACGGUUUAAUGACACCGUAACACUCUUCAUGUCUAGUCAAUGAUGUCUUUUGUGAGAAAAAGAACAUUAUAUUCAACUGACGACACAAAAUAACAACUUUGUGGAUUUAUCAUAUUUUUAGUGAAAAAAUACCCAAAAAAUGUUUAUUAUUGUGAAAUACGGCAAUAAUGAAUCACUGCUGUGCAACCCUAGCUGUGCCGUGGUCAACCUGCUUAACAGUAUAAAGAAGCGCGCAGGAUAUGGAAACACGGGACUGAUACUCGAUCUAUCAGACGAAACAGGCCUGGUGAAAGAUCUGGAUCUCCACAAGAACGAGUAUGCCACCAAGUUCCUCGAUUCUCACACCACCUACAUCCUGGUCCAGAAGGAGGUGGUGCAGGACAACGAACUGAGCCCUGGGGACCGGUCCUCCACCCCCACCCCUACCUUCCAGUACAUGCCCCUCCUGGAGGAGUAUGCCAAACAGUUUCCCAACUACCAUGUGCAUGUCCAGGAGGUGGAGAAGAAGAAGACUCGCCGCACUGGCAGCAAGUCCCCUAGUCCUGCCGGAAGGUUGAGGUCACAGAGAACAUCCAAGAGGACAUCCCGAAAGAAGUGACACUGAUAUCUUGUUCAGUUCAAUCAUUCAGUUCCUUACAUGGCCAAUAUUUACACUUUGUGUGUUUUGAAUGCAAGUUGUACCUUGAUUUGUAAGGAAAAGUCAGGUCUUGUUUGGUAUGGCUGAUAACUUCCUCGACAUGAGUAUAUUUAUUGAAAUGUUAUCAAACUGUGUGUCCAGAUAUAUAAGAAGUUUAGAUGUUGUGAUGUAUGAUCUCAAGUGUCAACGAACAGUCAAUCAAUGAAUACAUCCAAAAUAUGCUAAUGAUUGUGUUAGUGUCAAUGAUCUUGUUGAUGUUCAAGCCUAUAUGUUUUUUGGCUGAAUAACUUUGUCCUUGUCUUGUCUGGCCUUGCCAUCAGUGGUCACUUGAAAUCACAGACUGUAUACAGAAA